AUGCAGGGAUGGAAAGUAGGACUGAGCAGGGAGAAGAAUGACUUUUUGUCGAGAUCAUGGGUUGAGAGAUUAGCGGUGUGUGGUGAGGGAACGAUGUUUGGUGGUGGGGGGACGAGGGUACUCGUUGCCACAGCCUUCAUUGUUCUUGGAAACAUCUUUCUUGUUGCUUUCGGUAAUCACCAGUCACCUGUGUACACACCAGAGCAGUUGGCCGAGAAGUACAACAACAUAACAUUUCUUCUUUACUGUCUGAUUUUGGUCCUAGUGGUUGCCCUGCAUCACUCUAUAUACAGGAGGGGAGAAAUGCUGCUGGCAGUUCCUGUACAUGACCUUAAGCCCUAUUGGCAUAUGCUGCUUCCUUUUUCAUAUUCUAUUGUCUCAGGUGCUGUGGGAUCAUGCUCAGUGCUCUUUGCAAAAUCUCUCUCCAACCUGCUAAGAUUGUCCAUGGCUAGUGGCUAUCGAUUGCAUAGUUGGUUCACGUACUCUAUGCUCCUAUUGUUUCUUAGUACAGCAGGUUUUUGGAUGGCAAGGCUGAAUGAAGGAUUAUCUCUGUUUGAUGCGAUCCUUAUCGUUCCGAUGUUCCAGAUUGCUUGGACAUUUUUCUCCAUUUGUACAGGAUUUGUUUACUUCCAGGAAUAUCAGCUCUAUGGGAUGGGUUGAGUGAGUGCUUGCGGAAAUAUGUGUGUGUGUGUGUGUGUGUUGUGUGGGUGUCAGUACCAAAGCGGGAGGGAAAGGGAACUUUGGCACAAAAUCGAUUACUUUAGUGAAUUUAAAGUUCUAAGAACCCCUCUAUUUUUUUGGUCUCUCGAACAUUUUCUUGAACACUUAACAUGCAUCAAGAAAGAGAGAGUAAUGGAGAUUUGAAGAAAAAUCCAAAUGCAAUACAAUAAACAAUGAAAUAGAAGUAUAAGUAAAACAUAUCCACUAGCCAAACAAUUGAUAAAAAUUAUACACAAUAGAUAUUCUUGAAACAUAGAAUUAGAAAACAAUUAGAGCAAAUAAUCAUUGUUCAUUGGA